UGCGAGAUCCGGUAGCGAGAAGGCGGCGCGGGGUUUAUUUUUGGGUUUGGGGAUUUUUUUUUUUUUUGGGGGGGGUGUUUGUCACGAGUGGGGUGUCUCGCGUGGGACUGGGGCGUCCCGCGUGGGAGCGGGUGCCGGUGGCGGGAUGGAGCUGGCCGUGCUGUUGGCGUUGCUGGGGGCGGCCCGGGCGUUCUCCACGUGCCGUUCGUUGGAUUUGGAGGCGGCGCGGAGGAAACGCAUCGAAGCGGUGAGGGGCCAGAUCCUGAGUAAACUCCGGUUAUCGGCACCCCCCCCACCCGCCGAAACCCCCCCCCGGCCCCUACCCGAAGACGUGCGGGCGCUUUACAACAGCACCCGGGAACUGCUGCGGCAACGGGCGCGACUGCGCCCGCCCGACGAUCCCGAUGAAUAUUACGCCAAAGAGCUUCAUCGGUUCCCCAUGGAGCAACUGGGAGAAGGUCCGCUGGAGCACUGGCGUCCCACGAGCCACAGCAUCUUCUUCAUCUUCAACGCGUCGAGGGUGCGGGCGGAGAUCGGGCGCCAGGCUUUGCUGCACCGGGCCGAGCUGCGGAUGCUGCGGCAGCGGGCGAAGAACGAGAACGGGAAGAUCGAGCAGCGCCUGGAGCUCUACCAGGGCUACGGCAACGCCUCGUGGCGGUACCUGCACGGGCGCUCGGUGCGGGUGACGAUGGACGAAGAAUGGCUCUGGUUUGACGUCACCGACGUCGUCCACCAGUGGCUCGGCAGCAGCGAGCCCCUGGGCAUGUUCAAGCUGAGCGUCCACUGUCCCUGCGAGCAGAGCGCCGGCGACGCCAACGACAUGCGCGUCAUCAUCGAAGGGUUCGAGCAGCAGCGGGGGGACAUGCAGGGCAUCGCCAAGAAGCACCGGCGGGUGCCGUACGUCCUGGCCAUGUCGCUGCCCCCCGACCGCGCCAACGAACUCCACAGCUCCCGCCGGCGCCGAGCCCUCGACACCGACUACUGCUUCGGGACGGAGGAGAAGAACUGCUGCGUGCGGCCGCUGUACAUCGAUUUCCGGAAGGAUCUGCAGUGGAAGUGGAUCCACGAGCCCAAGGGCUACAUGGCCAACUUCUGCAUGGGGCCCUGCCCCUACAUCUGGAGCGCAGACACCCAGUACACCAAGGUGCUGGCGCUGUACAACCAACACAACCCGGGGGCCUCGGCGGCGCCGUGCUGCGUCCCCCAGACCCUGGAGCCGCUGCCCAUCGUCUACUACGUGGGGCGCAAGGCGCGCGUGGAGCAGCUCUCCAACAUGGUGGUGCGCGCCUGCAAAUGCAGCUGACCCCCCCCCCAAAAAAAAACCCCCACAACACCCCCCCAAAA